AGGAUAACAAGAUCAUAUUAAGUUAAUCUCUAAACCAAAUGUUCAUCAUAUUUUGGUUUUGGAAUCGAACUGGAUUAAAUACCAUUGUGCUAAUAAAACAAUUUGAUGAGGAUUUGGUGUAUGCCCACCUUGUUAGGAAAAACUGCUUUUUUUUUUAAAAGAAAAACUUUGGCCACUUUAUGUGAAAUAAAGGACUAUGGCCUCAGCUUCAAGUAAUAGUGAUGAUGACUUAACCAUUCCAAGAGCUGCCAUCAACAAGAUUAUCAAACAGAUUCUACCAAACGUCAGGGUAGCAAAUGAUGCCAGAGAAAUGGUGGUGAGCUGCUGCACUGAAUUUAUUCACUUAGUGUCCUCUGAAGCUAAUGAAAUCUGCAAUAAGUCGGAUAAGAAAACCAUCUCACCAGAACAUAUCAUGCAAGCCUUGGAGAGUCUAGGUUUUGGAUCAUACAUAACUGAAGUAAAAGAGGUUCUGCGCGAAUGCAAGACAGUUGCCCUAGAAAGGAGAAAGGCCAACGCUCGCUUGGAGAACCUCGGAAUACCAGAGGAGGAACUGCUACGUCAGCAACAAGAGUUGUUUGCAAAAGCUCGACAGCAGCAGGCAGAACUGGCACAGCAAGAAUGGUUACAGAUGCAACAAGCUGCCCAGCAGGCACAGCUCGCAGCAGCAAUCGCCAACAAGGCUGGCUCCUCACAGGAUGAGGAAGAGGAGGAGGACACCUAGAACGCAGCUCAGGAUGUCUUGCUCCCCUUUCUAAAUCACAUCCGUCUACCGCUGUCCUGCCAUGUGGCAGCCUAGAUGGUCAUCAGUGGGCAUCUGAUCAUGCCCACAGCUGGAGGCUGAAGUGCCAGCUAUGGAAUUUUAACCGACCAGCCUAAAACGGGAGGAAAAACAUGUUUCUGUCUUUAGACUUUGGACUUGCUAGAUUUAAUAGGUGACAUGGUCUGAGAUGGACAAUACACGCUCAUGGAUCUUCAGACCAUAACAUGGAUUUUUAUACACUUGAGCUUUUGAUUAAUUAGAGUGAUGUGUUAAAUAGAUAAAGAUUCCUGUUGAACAUGUAUUUUGUCGGUUUCAUUAAUGUGUUUGGUAAUUGAAGAUGAAAUUGCCUUGUUUAUAGUAAUGAAAAAUAAAAGUGAAGUCGACAUUC